AUGCCCGCUAUUUGUAUCAUCGCUCAGGUCAAAUGCGAUCGUCAGGAUCCGUGCAUGAAUUGUGUGGAUGCAAGGGCUGAAUGUCUUCGCACGCGUCAUGCCAGGGUCCAUCGUCCACGAGUUUCUCGCCUCGAUGCAUUGGCCGAGAGGCUCGCGAAGCUGGAGAGGUCAAACACAACGGAAACAUCUGCAUCACCUCCAUCAAGUAAUGCGAAUCACGAUGGCACCUCAACCGCGCCGUCAUCUCCACGAGCAACUUAUUCAGAUGCACCUAGACCAUCUACCAAGAGAAAGUUUUACGCUGUUCCUGCAUUCAACGAGAAAAGUCCGUCUGAACAGCAAGACAGAAAGCGUCGGGUAUCACAGAGUAUCCAUGCGCAAGCCCACGCUGAACGCCACUCUCCAGAGUCCACGCGACAUGCCAGUGAGGCGAGAGAGUACAUCGAAAAUGAGCUUCAAUGUAACCCAGCUCUUUCUCAAGACAGGCGUACUGCCCUCGAAAUGGCGCGCAGGUUUGUCAGUCAACUAUCCAACCCGGGCUUGCAUCGCCAGGAAAAUGUCACCUAUGAAGAGCUGGGCGUUGAAGACAAUCUGACACGCCCAGACCUCACGCCAGAGUUGUUGUAUAUGAUGUUACCUGGUGUGUUCCCUUUCAAUGACUUGGGAAUUCAAAUACUUAUUGUAGUAGGGCCUGACAAGAAAACUAAUUCUCAGGGAACCAUCGUCUGGCCAGACCAUAUCUCCGAUAAGACUCUAGAAAGAAUGGGGUUAGCUAUCAUGGACCGCAGUGAGAGUGAACAAGUACUUCAGUUCUACCGGAUUAGCGUGUGGAUCAAAGCCUUCUCCUGCAUAUCAAAAUUGGCUCCUUUAAUAUCAAGUGAGCCUUUGAAGGCUCAUUUCAGGAACUUGAAGAAACAAUAUGAGGCCGGAGCUAUCGAGGAGCUAAAUUCGAUUCCACUAACGGCUUCUCCAAGUCUACCACUGCUACAAGCACUCCUGUCUGGCAAACGAUUGAUGCAGUAUCUCGGCAACAUGUCACGCUGUUGGAUGUUCACAGCUCUGGCAUCCAAAGUCAUCAUUGCCUUGAAUUAUCAUAAUAUAACAGACACCGUACCGCGAAACGAAGUAGAAGAAGAGAUACACGCCUGUGUUUACACAUGUUACUAUUUCGACAAGACACUCAGUCUGCUUCUCCUGCGGCCCCCAUCGUUACCUGAGCUGAAGGUCGAGCCAGCGCAGUUGAUUCAUUUGGAUCCCGACUUACCUACCACACCAAUGAUAACUGGCAUUGUUGAACUCGCACAUCUUAAAAACACCCUGCCGAACAUCCUGCUGGACACCAAAGGGAUGGCUGAUGUAGAUAAGGCCAAUGCUUUGUCUGAUCUUGUGGUCCGCGCCCAGGCAAUUCACUCUAAUCUCCAAAUGCAUCGAAGCCGUCAGGAAUUAGAGUUUCCUGGCUCAUGGAGAAUUUUGCGACGCGAGUGGCUCUCCAUGGACUUUAACUACUACUCAAUCUUGACCACUAUCAUUCGCGCACGGUCAUCAGUGCUCAAAUCGCGCUUGGUGUGCGAAGAGUGCCUCUACGCUGCGCGUAAGGCAUUAACUACGCUUCGUGCUUUGCAAGAGGCAUUCUCCUCCGGCCACACCACGUCGGUGGAUUCAUAUCCAUACUUCCUCACUUGGACAAUGCUACUUGUGCCACUCUCGCCCUUUUUUGUCCUGUUUUGUAACGUCGUUGCGACAUCAGACCAUAGAGAUUACGAAAUGAUAAGGAAAAUCACAGAUGACCUCCGACAAUUCGCCCAAGCAAAUGCAUCCAUCGGCAAAUUAUGCGCCUUAUUCGCAAAGUUUCUCGAUCUAUGCGCGCCGUUGGUCAAGUUAAAUCCCCAUGCCGGCGUAUCUGAGCAAACCAACGCCUCCCAGCUUGGAGAUCCAAGUAUUGAGCGACGACUGCCCAACCAGCUGAGAUCUUCAUAUCCAGAUGUGCUGCAGCACGAUGCUGGCCAGGUUUCCAACGCACUUCCAAGCCCACAGCCUAGCACUGAGACUUUCGGUGUACCUCCCUCUGUGGAGGGGUGGGAUGAUAGUCUGAUUUGGGAGCUGUUCGAUAAUCAGCCCUCUCUGGGAUGGGCGGAUUCGGAGUUGUGGAAUGUGAUGACGCAGCUGUAG